UUGUGAUUGGUCGAGAGGCAGGCGUCAAACGUCAACGCUGAGUGGGCGGGGCGUAUAGGAGUUUUGAACAUGGCGGAUAAAGAUAAGAAAAAGAAGGAGAGUAUUUUUGAUUUGUCGAAAUACAUCGACAAACAUAUAAGAGUAAAGUUCCAAGGAGGUCGUGAAGCAAGUGGUGUCUUGAAAGGCUUCGACCCGCUGUUGAAUCUUGUGUUGGAUGGCACUAUUGAAUACAUGCGAGAUCCUGAUGAUCAGUACAAGCUGACCGAAGACACCAGGCAGCUCGGUCUGGUGGUUUGUCGAGGGACGUCCGUCGUGCUUAUCUGUCCACAGGACGGGAUGGAGGCCAUUCCAAACCCUUUCAUUCAACAGCAGGAUGGAUAAUAUUCAGCCUUGUGUUUUUUUUUUUCUUGCAUUGUAUAGAUGUCUGGUGAAGAAAACAUGUUUUUUGUUAGGUCUGAAAUCAUGAAAAAUGUAACAUUUUGUAUUUAGACUCAGGAUAAAUGUGUUUUGGUUGGGUUUUGUUUCUGUUUAUGAAACAUGUUUUGUGUGCGUGUUGAUUAUGGUUUUGAAUUAUAAGGUGUGUUUUAUGUUCAUGAAAAUAGGUGCGUAAAGUUGCCCUGGUUCAGUGUUGUUUUCCUACUGACGUUCAUUUGGACAAUAAUAAACAUCUGGGAUUUAACCAUUUCUAAUUCAAGCAAAAACAGAGAUUAUGCCUGUACCUCAAAGGGUGGAUCCCACAGCUUUACCCAUCCAGAAAGCUUUUGUACACACACAAACAGUCAGACAUUGUCACAGAACAUAAUUUGUAUAAUCUAUUUUAAACUGUAUUUUGAAGGGCUUCAGUUUAAAGACGCCUUGAGAAAACAUUCUUGUUUACUUUUGUGGUGUCCUCUACUCUGUUAUACAUUUACAAAACUAAUUGCUAAGAUUAAAGUCAUGGACCCUUCCCUA